AUGGACUCGUUGAAGCAGGUCUUUGUCACGGCCGGAACAACGCUUGUACGCCAUUCGCAUGAUGGCUCUAAGCUGUACGUGUGCACUAAUUCCAUCUUGAAGGUUUUCGAUGUCUUAAACCCAGAGCAUGAGCCAGAAGUGUUAGACAUUCUAGAGAAAGUGAGCUCGUUCGAAGUGGGAGAGCUGAACGGCCACAGGUAUGGCAUUGUGACAUCGAGAAGUGGAGUUUGUGAAUACUAUGACCUAGACUCUCUUCAGUCGAUGGGAAAGCUUAUUAGAUCGCCGUUGAGCCUGAGAGACGCCGUGUUCACUCACGGGGGCUCGAUGGUGCUCUGCGGUGGUUCCGACGGAGAACUGAAACUGGUGGCUCUUGGAGCCGACGCAAGCAUUAAAGCUGUCAAUACUGGCGACCAGGUGACGGCGAUUGGGUAUAACAACAUUGGCGAUCUGGCAGCUGUGUCUCUGUCCAACGGAGACGUUUCAAUAUACGCGUAUUCCACUGCCGAGCCAGUCAAAAAGCAUGUCUACACCAAUAUUACCGAGAAGCACAAGCUUUUGGAUGACGAGGACGAAGACGAGGACGAGGACGACAUGGACGACGCGUUUGCGACCCAGCCCCCAGAACCCAAGAACGUGGCUGUCGUGUGUGGUUGUGACUGGCACCCAGACGGUGAUCUAAUUGCUAUUCCCACCAAGGACAAGGAGAUUGAGGUGUACGACCGCACUAAUUUUUCAUCGCUGGAAUUCAAGUUCAAGGGACAAGUCCACGAGAAGCCGCUGGUCGACCUGAAGUGGUCCCCCAAUGGUGCCCAUUUGGCAUCUCUUGGUCAAGACAGGAAACUUAUUAUUUGGGAAACAGCUUCCAGAAAAUCUCUCAAGGUGUAUAGCUUGCCGGAAAACGGCUGCUCGCUGUCGUGGGGCCGUGGCGACGGCGAUUUUGAGAUUGUGGUUGGAACGGAUCACGGUCACAUUAUCAAAUACGAAUCGGUCGUUCCUAUGGAGGAAACCGGCUCAGGGAAGAGCAACGUGGUCGCUGACGAAGCCGAUAGUGAGUCUGAGAGCGAAGUGACUGGGUUAUUUGAUGAAGGACCAGAAGACGACUUUAUUGUGGAUGACGAUGGCUCAGGUUACGUUGAGAAAAAACGAUCUCUAGACACAAAUCAGCCGAUAAAACACCGCAAGGUGGUCAUUGAAGAGCCUGCUUAUAGGCCUCUCUUUGAGAUACAGCCUUAUUCUCCAGGCGGAACGCCUUGGAACGGUAACAGAAAAUAUCUGACCAUGAACUCCGUUGGAUAUGCUUGGACAGUCAAAUUGGAAAGCUAUAACACAGUCACAGUUAGCUUUUUUGAUAAGGGGCUGCAUAACGAGUAUCAUUUUAAGGAUCUUUAUGGAUUCAACGUGGCCUCCAUAACCGAAGAUGGCAUUCUUCUCGCUUCUGCCACCAAAUCCAGGAAAUCCACCAUAAUGUACAAGUCACAUGACCAGCAGGACUCCUGGAUCAGGACGCUUCUUCUGCAGCCUGGAGAGUUUGUUUCCAGUGUGACUCUUAGCAGGAACUCGAUAUAUGUCGCAACUUCCCUUGGUUUUGUUCGCAAGUACAGCUUGUUUGGUCGGAUCGAAAGAAUCGAAAAAACAGCUCCCGUGGUUGCCUGUGUCAACAGCGAGAAGUACUUGUUCACGGUGACUUACAAUUCGGGGUCUUUGAACUUCAACGUGCAGGAUCUCGAUGGAAAAUACUUUCAGCGAAACGAGCAUCUGCCGUUAGCCCUAGCUGGUGGAUCCUACUCAUCGUAUCCCUUGAAAGGGGUGUUUUUCUCCCUUGACGGUGAUCCUUGUGUUGUUGGAUCUGAUGAAUAUCUUCUAGUGCUAACCAGAUGGAGAGAUCCGUUGCAAGCUUCCUGGAUUCCUAUUUUGGACACCGCUGCAGGGGUCAGAAAGCUUGCUCUCGGUGACGAUAUCAAAUGCUGGCCAUUAGGACUCUUGAAGAACCACUUCAACUCCAUAGUCACCAGAGGGUCGGAUUAUCCUUCGUUUCCGCUAGCCAUGCCUUUGGAAAUUCCCGUGAAGCUUCCAAUCACCGGAGAAGACGAGGAAGAGGACCCAGAAGAAGAGCUGGUGCGACAUAUCACCUUGGGAGAAUUGCUCAAUGAUGCAAUACAAAACGACGACGUUGUCGACGAGACUGCACAGGAGCGCUUGGCUGACAUCAGCGUCAAAUACGAUGCAGCGCUCCUCAAACAAUUUGGACAGUCCUGUAACGACAGCAACCUCCACGACGCUCUUUAUCUGGCUAGUAAGCUACGUGAUGAGAGAGCUUUGCAUGCAGCCUCCAAGAUUGCCGAGCGGUUGCAACUAGUCCAGCUCGUCAACAAAAUCACCAAACUCAGAGAAGCCAGACUAGAGUGGGAUGAAUAA